AUGGAAGAAUACAAGUACGAGCCUCUGAAUCUAGACUGCGCUGCGAUUCGUUUACUUCGCCUGCAUCAUGGACUCAGAGGCCCAAUAUCUUGCGAGCUCUUCCAGGCUGAACUACAUCGACGAGAAAACACUGUGGCUUAUGAAGCCCUCUCCUACGCUUGGGGCUCUCCCAAUCGGACCGGGAGUAUAAUUGUCAACGGCUGUCAUAUGACGGUUACUUUUAACCUCCACCAAGCGCUUCUUCACCUUCGCCAAGAGGAUGAAGACCGGGUCCUUUGGGUUGAUGCAGUGUGCAUUGAUCAAGCCAACAACAAAGAGAAAGGACACCAAGUCGCCCAGAUGGGAGGCAUUUACAAGGAAGCCGAUCGUGUGAUUUUUCGAUUAGGCCGAGGCUCGUAUGAGACAGACACAUUCAUGGACUCUCUGCAGCUGCUGCAGCAAGCAAGUGUGAAGCUUGGUUGUAGGGAUUGGUCGCGCCAAGAUGUCCGUUGGGAAAAUAUUUGGGCUCGUUCCCAGUCAAAGGUGUAUUAUUCUGGUCUCGAGAAUAUGCAGAGAAGAGGCCUGGAGGAAAUCUUGACACGGCCGUGGUUUCGCAGAGUCUGGAUUCUACAAGAGGUAGCUUUCGCAAGGGCUGGUAUCGUCUCUUGCGGUAGGAAGGCUGUGUCAGCCAGCCUAUUCAGCCUUGCUCCUCUGCUAUUGCGAGUUACGCCUGAUGCUCACUGCCAAUCCGUCAUCGAUCUCAUGCCAUCUCAAUGGCGAGAAACUUCACGGUGGAGUCGAAGCCAAACCCUUCAUGUGCUCCUGAUCGAAUUUGGGGGUAGUGACGCCACUGAUCCACGAGAUCUCGUCUAUGCCUUGCGAGCCAUGUCUGCCGACUUGAGGGACACAACCACCCUGAUGCCCGAUUAUGGUAAAUGUGAACAAGAUCUGGUUCGAGACGUUUAUCUAUACAUCUAUUCUUAUGAGCCGGAGUUCUUGGAAUGGCGAAAAAGACCUCGUUCGAUGCGGGAGCUGGUGGCCAGCUUGCGAGAGCUCCAUGGAAAGAACCUUGUCCCAACUCUGUUGAAGAUCCCACCGAUGUGCAAGGAUCUGCAAAAGAUUAUCAAAGGUCGAGCAUUCUUUGUCGACCAAGGGACCCUCAGGAGUGCAGCACAAUAUGAUAGAAAUGGCGAGCUAGUCGAGUUACUGCUGCGAUAUCGCGGCGGGGAGUUGACAGUUGACUCCGAAGCCAUCAUAUGCGCCACAAAGAACUCGAGCGUCCCUGCAGAAAUUUUGGAGAUCUUUUUUCGCUUCAACACCCAGCCCAUUCUCAUUGUCACCGAAAAGAUGCUUCUUGCCGCCGCGAAGAACUCACGAAGCAGCGAUAUGGCGAUGGACUUCCUUUUGUCCCAGAAGACUGAAGACUAUAAUAACAUUGCCGCGAUCGUAGACGCCAUCCUGAGAAACCCAUGCAAUGAUACGGAAGAGGAAACUAUUCGCAUUCUGUUGCAUUACAAUAACCAAGGAUAUCCUGCGAACUGCGGCUCAGUCAGCGAACGGCGCAGACACAGUGAGACUGUUGUUUGA